AUGGAAGGAGUUGAGCUGGAACUAGAGAGAAGAAGCAAGUUCUUGAACAGCUUGAUACAGAAGAAGAAGGCUAAAGAGCAGCAGGAUCAGAAAGACGAGUUCAAUGUUCGAGUUAGGGCUUCCGAUAUGCCUCUCGCUCUGCAGAACAGGGCCUUCAGUUUGUCCCGUGAGCUCUUGAAUGCCACUCCUGGUAAGGCCGACAACAAACGGCUCGCUCUCGCCCUUAAAAAGAAUCAAGCAGUGUGUUACUUUUGGGUCCAUAGGGAUAUUGUCUUAUCGAUCUUGCUUGAUUUGUAG